GAUUUCAGAGCGAAAUCAACACAUUUUGUCGUCUUUUGAAGUUUUUUCGUUUGUCAAAUCGUAAAACACUUUUCCGUGUUUUUCUUUUCGUUUAUGAGUUACUGUGUUAUUUUCCUUCAUUCGCGUCAUGCCUCAAGAUACGAGUACGGAUACUGAGAGCUCUUCUGAUGAUUCAUCCGUUGGAUCGGGCGAAUAUCGUGAUGACAAUAAUGACUGCAGUUCACCCAAAUCGUCGUCGAAUAAUGACGACCAUCCCCGGAAAUUCCCAGCUGUUGAAUCGGAAAAACAGAGGAAGAGAUUGGCAAAAAGGGCGAAGAUGCAGGCAGCUCUGCUCGCUUGUUUACGUGGGAUGCCAGUUUCAACGGCAGCACGACAGUUUGGGGUUCACAAAUCUACAUUGCGCCACAAGCUGAGAGGAGAGCACUCUACAGUUCAGGGAGACCAAUCCAGAAAAUUCUCGCGUUCUGACGAAAGCCAUUUUGCUGAUAUGCUUAUGAGUCUGGAUAGAGUCGGGGUUCCCCUGGAUUUUCAAAUCCGCGAGAAAGCUUUGGAGCUGGCGGGGUUAAAAUACAAAGUCAUUCCAGCAGAGAAUGGGCACAUGUCGAGCUCCUGGCACAAGGGCUUCCUCCGACGCCACCCCGAGAUUGCUUCAAGAUGGCACAAAAUUACCCAUAGCAAAUCUGGCCGAAAAGCCGGCAAAUGGAGCGUAAAGCAGUGUACCGAAUGGGUCACGCUCCUCAAUGAACUGCACGCGUAUGGAUAUCUCUCGGAUCCUCGGGGACUCUUCACGGUAGACGAAAGCCGGUUCAUUUUACUGGAAAAAACGAAAUUAAAGCGAACUUCGCAAGAAAUACAAGUGGUUAUCCCCGAUCAUGAUGGCUCGGCCAGCGAAGUGGUGACGACGCUGUUCUGUGGCCGAGCGGAUGGAUUAAUUCUGCGGCCACUGGCACUCUUUGCCGGUGUGGAACACCUUGAUUCUCAUAUUGCUGAAGCUGGAGAUAAUUACUGUGUCGCGUACAAUACUUCCGGAGAGCUGGAUCCAAAAAUAUUUGCGGAUUAUGUCAGAAAAGAAAUCUUUCCGAACAUGGAAGCGCAAAAGAAUAUUAUUUUUGUCGACGGAUAUCAGUUUUCUCACCUGGACAAUCUCGAAUUACUAAUGGAGUGCGCUGCUAGUGAUAAGGAUAUGAAGGUGGUGUGUCUGCCACCCGCUCGACCUCGCUACCGUCGUCCCCUCGAUAUCGGCGCUUUUGGAGCGGUUAAAGAACGCUGCCGACACUAUCUGCAUUCCGCAUCCAUGCAGUUAUCAGCGGCAGCCGACAAGCAGAGCUUCGCCCUUCAUCUCGUGGAGUUGCUUAAUUUGGAAAACAAAUUAAUUUCGGGGUUCCGGGAUGCUGGUAUUAUGCCUUUUGAUUUGGGUGGAAUCUGCAAGUCGCUCAAAGUGGAUGAGAAAAACGUUAAAAAGGUUGGACCGGUCGCAUCGGUUAUUCCUCGUGUUGAGGAACCGUUCAAAGUACAGUUUGCAAAUUUGGAGAGGAGUUUGAAAGAGAUUUUUACGUUAACUCCGGCGGAUGUGAAAGAUCUAAUGGACUUUGUCAAAAAAAAGCUGGAUGCAUUCCAGCGGAGAGUGUUCCAGAAACCGCAUCCAACGUCAGAAAUAUUCCAGUUGAAUCUCAAGCUCCUAAAAAACGGCCUGUGAAAAACUCACCUUUGCCAAACGUUGGAGGCCGUGCGGUUAAACGUCGCAAGAAAUAAUGGAAUCUGCCUUUUGACAGGCGUGUGUGAUCUCUCAGUUCCCGAGAUAUUCUAGUAGAUCUUGUUUUUAUUGUUUUUGCUUACAUUUUCGUCAGAAAUAAUAUUGGUUGAUUUUUUUAAUGACCCGAGAUGACUGGUUUGUGACUUUUGUAAGUAGUGGCGAAAUUUUCUGUUCGAUCACUUCGAAGUAAUGCAGAGUGGACCUGCAGUCGCAUUGUCUCGUAAAAUACCCUUACAAAUUUUUCCAA